AGACGCAGGGCAGGGCGGGCCGGGCCGGCCGGGCCAGGGCGGAAUGGCGAGUCAGUGCGGCAGCGCCAGGUGUACGGCGGAGAGGAGAGGAUUUCGGCGGGAACUCGAUUCCUGGCGCUAUAAACUCAUACACUGUGUAGGGUUCGAAAGCAUCUUAGAAGGACUUUAUGGAACAAGGUUACUCAGAGACCUCAGUUUAUUUGAUGACUGUGAACCCGAAGAAGUGACUGACUGGUCUAUGAAUGAAAAUUGUUCAUGUUGUUGCAUAAGGAGGGAGAAAGUAAAGGAGCAUAUCUCAUCUGUGAAUGCACCUCCAACACUGACAUCUACUGAGGAAACUCUAUCUCAGGGGCAGUCCCACACUGAACAGCUUGAAUGCCAAGCAGACAAAUUUCUUAAUGCUAUCUUUCAUAAAAAAGACCUUCCUCAGAACUGUGAUCGCAACAUUCCUUUAGUUGCUCAGGAAAUAAUGAAAAGAAUGAUUCGUCAGUUUGCAAUUGAAUAUAUAUCCCGAAGUAAUCGUGUUCCUGAAACUCAAACUGGAUCAGCCGAUGAAUCUGUUUCUGUCCCAGACGAUCCUCCCGCCAACCGAACCCAGAACUCCUUUCACCAGGAGCAGGAGGGACCGUUAGACCUCACUGUGAAUAAAAAUCAACAAAAAUGUUUCCAACAAGCAGAUGGAGUUCUUGAUCUGUCAACAAAGAAGAAUAGUUUAGAUUCCACACUUUCAACUGGAUCUUGUCUGACAUCAACCACUACCAAAUUAUCAGGUAAUGGCCUGAAGGCUGAUGCAGGAAGAAUAUUCAACUCUACCAACAAAACUGGUUGUAUAAACUACAAAGUAACAACAUUGAAUGAAAUUUUGUCUACUUUAUGCCAUGUUCAUCAGAAACUUCUUACAUCAAUGCUGAAGUGUUUAAUGCACGAAAAAGGUGCUUUCAAUGUACAACGCCAAGAACAAACACAGUCGCAGCAUCAAAAUUCCCCAUUUAAUUUCAGUGAAAAUAAACAUAAUGAGGAAUUGUAUGAUUGUAAUAGAUUCCAUUGGUGUGAAAAUUGCUCCAUGCGAACUGUAAGAUCAGUUCCUCAUCAGAGUUGUCUGAAAGAUAUACAUUGUUCAUCAUGUAAAAACAGCAGACUUGAAUGCUUUACAAUAAUAAGUAAUGGAGUUUGUAAAGAGUGUAAUAAGAUCAAUCUAUACCAAGUUUGCAGAUCUUAUAAACAUUUUGCUGGAGGCAUUUGUGGCAGAGGAGCUACUGUGCAUGCUUGCAGUCAAUUUUCAGUUGAAGAGAUUUCCAAGACAACAGCAGCAGAAUCUCCUACCCUGACAAAUGGCAUCAAAGAUUACAGUCGACCACGAAGUCCUUCCCCUCCACCUUUAUCACCAGUAGGAACUGACGGUUUUGAAGUAGAUGGAAUGAACAAAGUCAUUUCCACCUUAGAUGCCCAAAAUAUUGAACUUAUCGUCACUCAGCCUCCCUCUCUUUCACCAGAAGAGGAAGAAUGUUGCAGCCCAGGGGUCUCAAGCCAAACCAACAUCAGACCAAAGUCUUCAAAUAUACUUCAACCAAAACUCUAUGAAUUUGAAGUAGUCAGUAAUAAAAAUAGUAGGUCAUCAGAUUCUGAGAAUGAUUUGGAAAAAGGUGAACACUCUGCUUCAUUUCAGGAGGUUAUGGAGCGGAUAAAUGAAAAAUUAAAAUCAAUCGAAACAUCAGAUGAAGGCCAGGUUUUGCCAAACCUUUCCUAUGAUGAUUCUUGUCAAGAAAAUAAUGACAGUCUUAAAUUGAGAGAAAUCACAUCCACCUUAUCGCACAAAGCAAAAGUCAGUGAUUGUAGCCUAAUGGAAUUACUUAAGCAACAUGAGAAAAAUUGGGAAAACCCAAUCAUUCAAACACGUUUUCGGAAGCGGCAGGAGACCUUAAUUGCCCUGCACAAUUCUCCAGAUUCACUGUCAUUUCGACGUCAGACGGUACAAAUAAAAAGGGACCUUGCAAAUCUUGAUCAGCUAUUUUUAAAUACAGAAACAACUUUUGAAAAGUUUGGAAGGAAGUUGGCAAAGAGCAGUAAUAAAGAUAAAAGUUCACCGGAGAAGGAAUCUACACUUAUGGACCAUUACACUAGAGAAACUUCACAGGAAAAAGAAUCUUUACGAUUCAAUAAAGAUUUUCAGAAAGUUGACAACAUUGUUUUGCAUCCUACCCAUUUGCCUGACCAGUGUGAAGAUGAAUUUAGUGACUUAACUCCACCUUUACAAUUUGUUGUUCAUGAAACCAGAGAUGUGACCGAUUGUGCUAAUUCCAAAAUAAGUUCAAACUCAGAUCUGUUAUACUUUCCUGGGCUGGAUGAAAUGAGAAUGGCGAUUCCAAGUGUGAAUACCAAAAUGCCUGAUUAUGACUCUAAGGAAUUUCCUUUGUGUUUACAAGAUUCUGCCAAAAUGGAUUAUAGAUCUAACAUUGGAAGGGCAAAACGAAAAAUUCUGCCUCCAGAAAGAUACUCUAUGUAUAUUACUGAACCUAGGAAAAUGUUUUAUGCUGCCUGUUUUCCAGAAAAUUUCCAACGAAAACCUAUGAAGGCAACAAAAUCUGCAACAGAUUGUGAGAGUAAUGCUUGUGAAAUGCCUGACCACAACAAUUCCGUGGGGUUAAAACUCCAUAGUGAAGAAGAGGAGACUGUAAUUGUAUAUGAAGUUGCUGACAGUUUAGAGUCAACCGCUUCUGCUCAGUGUGAGCAACUGAAUGGUAUAAAUAGUAACAGUGAAAGUACUGAUGACUUAUUAGGCAUUGAAGAACAUGCAAGAGAGCAUAAUUCACCUGACAUAAUAGUUCAUGUGUCACAUAAAACAAAUGAACUUGUGGACCAAUACAAUGACGGAAACAAAAUGACACCUACAGAGUUAAAUGCUGACUCGUUGCAAGGUGCUUGUUCCAUGGAACAAAAUGACUCUGAUAUUUGUAACAAUGAAAACUCAAAACUUGUUGCCAAAUGGGAAACAUUGGAGAAUGCAGUGAAUAACUUAUUUUCUAGUGACCCUGAUUCUGGUGCAAUACUUAAUUCCAGUUCAUUCUUGGCAAGUGGUUGUCUGGGUGUAAAUCCUCAGCUGCAGCAAAGGUGUCUACAUCAUGCAAUUUGUGAUUGCUUGGUUCAUGAAAAUACUGAUUCCAUAAAUCAGGCAGACAUGAGUAAACAUUGUUCUGUUUAUUACAACAGUCCCAUAAAGCUUAUGUUCCUGUCUGAGAUAAGCAGUGAUAAAGGAAUUAAAUAUACACUGACGUCUGUGACCUCUUCUAAGCUUGACACAAAUAAUCCUAUUUCACAAGUUCAUCCUGAAGAAAUUUACCUUAAAGAACAGGAGGUAAGCAAUUCAACUGGUUUCGAAAAUGAUAAUGUUAUAGAGUAUUUCCAAAAUCCAUCUGCUUGUGAAAAUGAUAAAACAAUGGAAUAUAUCCAAAAUUCACCUGUUUUUGAAAAUGUUAAUACAACAGAACAUUUUGAAAAUCCGUCUGCUUCUAACAAUGGUAAUGCAACAGAAUGUAUGGACAGUUGUUCAGAAAGUUCUGCUAAAAUCUGUGAGGAUGGAAAUUGCAAUGUAGAUACAUCCAAGUGUAAUAGUUCUCUGUGUUAUGCAGAUAGUGAAACCAGUCAGAUGGUAGAAAUAACUUUGGCUUCAGAAGAAGCGACUGAAUCCAUUCUAAAAAGAAAACCUGGACGACCUAAAAAAUUAGGCCCACCAGUAGAAAAGCAAGUUAAGAGGCCCAAGGGCAGACCACCAAAGCCCAAAGUGGAAUUACCAGAACCUGUUGAGAAUAAGCCUGAUGAUGCAAAUACGAAGAAACGCAAUCCUCCUGCCGCAGAUGGUAGCCGUAAUAUUAAAAUUACUGUUGUCUAUGGAAGAUCAAGAAGAUUCAAAAGAUUUGUAUCUGAGAAUGAUAAGGCUUUAACUAAUAAUCACCUAAGAAAUGUUAAUGAAAGUAACUUAAAGCAAAAAUGUGAUAAGCAAAUAAUGCAGAGUAAUGAAAUUGUGCAGAAUUCCUCUAUAGAGGAAUUUGAAGGCAAAGCUGAUAUUUCUGCAUCAUCAGUGAUGGAAUGUGAAUACAGAUAUGAUUUAGUGAGGCCCAUAAAGGAUAAACCUGCUUCAUUUCAUACCACUGGCAAUGCCGUUUGUCCAAAUAGCAAGCCUCCACCAGUUAAAACGUGCAACGGUGGACAGAGAAAACCUGGACGUCCUGCUAAAGUGAAGAUUUCAGGCAUAUCUGUUACUGUCAAUGCAGUAUCACCACGCGAAAGAAAAGUCUGUAUUAAUAGAAUAUUGCCUCCAUUAGAACAGGAGUCCCCACCUUCAUACAAACAAAUUGAAGAUACAUCUAUCAAAUACGGAAACUUAAAUAAAGAGUUGUCUUUGAGCAUUCAAAGUAAUUGUGAAGCCAAAUCAAAAGGAAACCCGGUUGAAAAGAAAGUUAAACGUAUGCUGCUCCUCAGGCGUUUGGGUCGAAUAAAAAACCCAUCUCUGUACUUCCUACAUUCCUUUCCAAAGUCAUCUUCAUUUUCGCAAAGCUGUGCCCUGGUACGUAAAUCUCGAAAACUGCUGUUAAACAAAGCAGGAAAUGAACUUGCUAAAAGCAGGAAGCUGGGUCUUAAAAUGGCAGCUGAAAAUAUCACCUCAAAUGUUACAUUGGAAAGUAAAGAGGAGAAAACCAAGAAUGAACAAAGUGAAUUUGACUCUGGUUUUGAAAUGGCAGCAGAUCCAGUUUUUAUACCUGGAUCUCCACUCAGAUGGUGGCACACCUCCACUUCAAAACAAACGUUGCAAGAGGAACUUGAUUUACGAUUUGAACAAAUCAACAGUGGUUGGCGUCCUGUUGAUGCCACAGAAUUGUUGGUUUCUUCUGACAAAAGAAAAUAUCCGACUCAUUUUAAAGGAGUCACUAAAUCAGCGAUGAUUGCAGAUAAUAAGAAUCAGGUUCAAAUUUCGCCUAUCCAAAUGUUGUUUCAGGGGCAUUGCAAUAUGGAUAAAAUCCGUGCCUGGUUCAUGCAAACAACAGAAACUCAUUCAUUGGCCAUUGUGAGAAAAGAAAAUGCCCGUGAUCCUAUUGAGGUUCUGAAUGCUAAAGGAAUUACUGCAUCAGAAAAUCAAAUUGAUUCUGCUACCAGCCCUCAGGCAGAACAUUUGAAAAUGCACCUUAAAAAAUUUGCACUAGAAUCCCCUUUAAAGCCAAGAGGGCAUUUCCAUCUGUCAAACAGAAGGUCAAAGUUUAAAGUUUAUAAACCUAAAAGACUAUUGGUAGAACAUAACAAAGGGGUUUGCUGGAAAUCACACCACCAGAAAUUGUUGCACCAUCACAGAGUUCAGUAUAAGCAAUGGAAGUCGGUUUGCAAGCAUUUGAAUGAAAUUCCACAGUGCCAACAAGACUUGGAAAACAUUGUAGAAAGCAAAAAUAGUCAAAAAAAUGAGUUUGAAAUAAACAACUUUUCAUAUGCAAAAGAAUCCACGUUAGUGACCAAUGGAAAGGAAAAUGAAAACCAGGAUAAAAUUAUAGCACUAAAUAACAUGAGUGCUGGUUUAUCUGGUUGUGCACAUGAACAGAAUUUAAAUUCAUUGAACAACUCAGAAUGUAAAAUAACUGAAAUUAUAACAAAAGAUUCAGAAGCAGACGAAUCUGUUGUGGGCGGGCAACAAGAAAAUAUUGUCAGAAAUAUGAACUGGAAACGGGCAAACUUUAAAGAAUGCAGGGUAUUUUUAAGGAAGAUAAACUCCCUGGAUCAGAGCCAUUUAAGAAAUGUUGGUGCCUGGAAACUAUCGAAAAAUAGCUCAACCAAUAAUAAAGGCACAUGUAACCUGCAGAGGUGCACUGAAGAAAAUACUGAUCCUUGUACUGAAAUAAAUACCCCUACUGCUAAUUCCUUUGAAACACAAAGCUUAAACCUUGCAUGCCAUGAUUCAUGUGAACCAAAAGGGAAGAAAAAGCACUCAAAAAGGACACAUAGUGAGAAUGGGCUAAGUUGUUCACCAUAUAAAAAAGUUAAGUAUUUUGCAAGCAAGCAGUCAACGAUUUGCCAUGUUAGCAACAAUUGCCUUCCUUCAUUGGACACCCACAGUAACCAAGUAAAUGAAAAUAAUUCACAAAAGGAAAAUGCCGAAAUAACGAAAGCUAAUGCAGGAAAAGUAAAAAGACAAACCGAUAUCAACACAAAUUCAACAUCACUGAAGAGGAUGAGACAAUCAUCGGUUGAACAAAGGUUAUCGUGUAAUCAAUUACAGUUCCAAAUAGGCAACUCAACUUGAUGCGGAAUUAUACCUUAAAUGGAUGGCUGGAAUUACACAUCAAUGCUACCAAGACUUGGCACAUCUUACUAUAAUUUGGAAUUUUAAGAAGAAGUUAUCUUAUCUCAUUCAGAAUCUAUUUAGUUAAUGCCUUAAGAUUCAGCCUACUGAUUCAGGUUGAAUGUAUUUAGCAGUAUCUUUUUGUGUUUGCUGCUUUGUAGCCAAAACCUGAAGCUGUCUGAACAAUGUUGUAAAUAUCAGUUGCUCUCAUUCUUUUUAUACAAAAAAAUCUCAUGCUUGUUGCCUUGCAAGAAUCCUUUAGAGAAUCCACAUACAGUAUUAAUGUUCCUUUAGAUUACAAGUAGUCCUCAUAUAUGUAUAUAAUAAUAGCAUCCGCUGAUUAAUGAUUCAUUUUUUUAAAGCUUUUCUGUUCAAAGUUUGUUUUUUUAUCAAAUCAUAUCCAGUUGUAAAUCAUAAUUCAUUAGAAGUUUGUAUUAUUUGGAAAGGGAAAUGAAGGAAAAUGAUUUAUCUUCAUUAUCCAUGUUUUUGGAAAGCAAGGCACUUCAAUUAUUGUACUCAAUUUACAUUACACUUUACUAAAUUUCUGUGUAUAUUGUGUUGUAAAUAUUUUUAUAAAUUUGUAUCAAUGUUGUUUGAUAAGUUUUCAAAGUUUUAAAUAGUUAAAAUUGUCCUUUUAUGAAAACAAUACUUUUUGCAGGUGUAAAACUACCUCAAACUAUUGAGCAUUGGUAUAUUCUAAAACGUUUCCUUAUAGGGGAGUGGGGUUCAUAGAUAUAUAUGUAGACACUCGUAUCUGCUUCAAUGAAUUGUAAAUCUCAACAACAAUGAAUUGGUUGCAGGCCUGAAAAAAAUUGCCAUUGUAAUACAAGUCCCAGGUACACAAUCUUUUGUCAGUGCUCUUUCUCAGUGACAUUUAACUCGGGGAUAAUAACACUUGUGCUUUGUUCCCAGAUUAUCUUGGUAGAAGUGCCCUGUGGUAAAAUGUUACUAUAACCCAGUAGAAUACAAUAUGCCCGCAGGAUCUUUUCUUUAAAUAUUUACAGCUCUUGCCCAAUGCUGUGACUUUUUUUUGUCCUUUUGUAUUGUUCACUCUCUCCCUCAACUUGAAUGAGCUUUUUUUUUAGCCUAUAAAAUUAAAAAAUGUCUUUCAUCAUUUCUUUAUUGUAUCUUAUUCUUUAUAAUUUCCUACAUUCCUCAGUGAAAUUAAAUUGACAGCUUUUUGUCUUUUUCUUAGCUUAUAUAAAUACCCAAAGGAACAACCCCUAAAAAAACAUCUGGUUAAUAUUACCUACUUAAAUCCAUUAUUAUUUAGGUCCUCCUGCCUCAGUGUAAAGUCAUCCUGAUACAUUAAAGGAAUAUAAAUAUAUACAUUUCUAUUACUCAGAAAUUUAUAUGUAGUUUCUACUUUUUAACUGCCCUACUGAAGCCGUCACUUUUUAUUGUCUUGCUGUCAGUGACUUUUUUGCUAUCUCUGGGGUCACAACGCCUGCUGUUUUUAAUUGUGACAGUGGCUUUUUUUCUCUCUCCUUAACUAACCACCCAAUCAUAAAUGAAGGCAUGUGGAGCGCACUAAGUUGCUGAUAGAUCAUUGCUAGUAAAACUGGAGUUAUCUGUGUUGGUCUUUCUAAAGUCUGUAAGAAUCUCAAUAAAAUCAGUGACCCAAAAUUAUACACAAUUCUCUCAAUAUAAUCUCAAUGGCAUUUCCAGCUGUUAUAUAUAGCCUUAUCUUUGUACUCCACUCUCUUGUAAAAUAGGUCAGCAUCACAUUUGCCUUCCUAACUGCUUGCUGAAAAGAUUGUCUUGGAAGGGAUCAUAAAUCUGCCCUUGAAAUCGAACACACACUAUCUACUACCCAAUUCUGAAUGGAUGAUUAUUGUAUUGCAAGUUUAUUGUUUCACUACACUUUUUCUUGCACUGGUGUGUAUUACCUUACACAACACUUGUAAAUGCUGUUUGCCUAACAUUUAAUUGCUUGAUCCAGUAAAUAUCUUUGAACAAAAUAUGUUGGUUUAGAACAUCAUGCAAUGAUAUAUUGUCAUUCACUUUCUGUACACUAAUUGAGCACUUAAUUGAUUAUGAGCAGUGAAAAACUCACAACAGUCUCAAGGGGAGCUCAACUGCUCUCCAUUGCCCAGUUAAAUAUCCAUCAUUAACAAGUCACUGUUCCUUUCUAUUUAAUAUUUCAUUAACUUAAACAUCCAUAUGCCAUCAGUUUUGUCUUUCAUGUUUGUAGUAAGUUGCUUCUAAGGGAUCUCAACAAAUACUUCUUGCCUUCACCAAUUAUCCCUCCAAGGGUGUUGGACUCUUGUUGUAGCAGGGUUUAUUCUUUCGUUCUUCUAGUUACUUUCCUAAGAACCUGUUCUCCAUAUUAUCUUGAGUGACGAAGGCCACUUAAAAUGAAGGGAAGAUGUUGGUGGCAGCAUAGCUGAAUUAUUUCCAAGUGAACACUAAGAUCACUGGAGAAUAAUUGUGUGAUCUAUUGAGCCCUGUCUACAUUGCCCCCAAGACAAGCCUACUUCUCCUUACGUAUGGAGACCAAAACUGUAUGUUGUACCACAGGUGUAAUUUUUUUCUGUACAGCUAUCGCAAAAUGUCCCUCUGUUCUCCACCCUCUUGCAAAAGAGGUCAGCAUUAAUUUGCAUUCUUAAUUGCUUGCUGACAGAAUAUUAGAAAUAAUCUACAAGAUAUUUAAAGUUUCGUAUGAAGGUGUAAAUUAGCUGCAUGUGUGGGCUGCUCAUUAUCAGCAAAAUAACUUCCAAUCAAUAUGGGGGAAGAAAAUGUCAAAUACUAUUUUCCAUCACACAUUGAGGAAGAGAGUACCAAGGGCUCUCAUCACAGAGAGGAAAAAUAACAUUUCUGUAUCUCCGCCUUAAAUGGGUGAAACCUAAUUUUUAAACAUAACCUCGAAUUGGAUGAUCAGCCAUGAUCAUAUUGAAUGGCGGUGCAGGCUCGAAGGGCCGAAUGGCCUACUCCUGCACCUAUUUUCUAUGUUUCUAUGAAUUCUAGAUUCUCCAUAAAAUAAACAUUUUCUCCACAUCACUCUACCAAGAGAUCUCAAGAUCUUAUAUGUUUCAAUUAAAUCACCUCUCACUCUUCUCAUCUCCAGCAGAUAUAAAUCUGGCCCAUCCAACCUUUCCUCAUAGGACACUCUGCCCAUUCUAUGAUCUAGUAAACUGCGGAAUUGCAUCCAACUGAUUAUUAUAUUGCUCCUUAAACAAGGAAACCAAUACUGGAUACAAUAGUCUGAACACUGCCCUUUAUAACUGAAAUAUAACCUUCAUACCAUUGCAUUGUGCUCUGUGAUAAAAUUACAUUACAGCAGUUAGUGCCUCAGAGACCAGAGUUGCAUCCUGACCUUAGUUGCUGUCUCUCCUGAGCAUUUGUAUUCUUCGAGCAACCACCUAGAUUUUUGUUGGAUCCGCCAUUCCCCCCAUGUCCCAGAUGCUUAUGCAGGGUUAUUAUCUAAUGUAAAUUAUCUCCACUGUAGAUAAGUGACAAAAGAAUCAAAGGAAAGUUGAUGAGCACAUAAGAUAAAUGAGAGGUUAGAGGAGAAGGGGAUGGAUCUGGUGGCAAAUUGGGGCAGGAGUGGGCCAUUUGGUUGUUUGUCCCUGCUCUGAUAUUCAAUAUAAUCAUGGCAGAUCAUCUAUCUCAAUACUGUAUUCAUGCCCUGACCUCUUGCUCUAUGCACCCCAGCCAGGAAAAUCUAGAUAAAUAUAAAACAGUAAAGCAAAAGAACAGGCACCUUUGGCCCACAAUGUCCAUGCUGAACAUGUUGCCAAGACCAACUCUUAUCUGCAUGUACAUAAUCCAUAUCCCUCCAUAGUGCCUAUCUAAAUGCCUCUAAUUGCAAAUUGGUCACACAAAGGCUCUAUAAAAUAGUAGCAAGGCAUCCUGACUCCUUUAUUUAAAACUGCUUGUGAUGAGGGCCAACACACCAUUUGACAUUCUUAUUGUCUGCUGGACCUGCACCAAUGUACGUCUAUUCAAGUCUUUCUGUACAUCAACAUUUCCAGUCUAUCAAUGUCAAUAUAUUAUCUACAAUGUGAACUAUUUUCCACAGUAAUUAUUAAAUGUCUUCUGGAAACCCAUUUCCAGUGCUUUUUACAUUAUGUUACCGUUUUCUUGUAAAAGGGGAUUAUUCCACAUCUAACCAUAUUCUGCAUUUUGGAUAUUUCUGGCCAAUUUUCAAACUUGAAAUCUCUGCAUCCUGUUUAGAAUUCAAUUUCACCCAGUUUUGUAUCUUUGACAAACUUUAAAAUAUUACAUUUAGUUCCCUCAUGCAAAUCUUCAAAAUAAUGAAUAGCUGAGGUCCAAGCUCAGAUUCCUGUUAUUUGUAAUUAUAAUUGGGCACCUUUCUACCUUGUUGCACAACACGAAGUCCACUGCUGCUUGCUGUCCUCUGGUGGGUUGAAGAAUGUGAAAUUCAAAGAAACUUUGCCAAACACACUCAGGGCUAAUUUACCUUAUCUGAUUUUUCCAGAGUAUCGAGGAACUAAAAUCCUCUGUGAUAAUCCCUGCAUCUUCCUGAUGAGCUCCUUUAAUUUUUAUUUCAUACUCCAUACUACCACAUGAUUACGUCUGGAGGACUCACCCAUACAUCUCAUUCCACCAGAUGACUUUCCUUUAUUAUUUAUUUUGCCUCCUCUCAAACCACUACAAAAUACAUUCUAAUUUGGUGAAUUUACUGUGCAUUCAGAAUGUAUUCAGACGCCUUCACUUUUUCUACAGUUUGUUACGUUGCAGCCUUAUUCUAAAAUUGAUUAAAUUCUGGGUUUUUUAAUCAUCAAUCUAGACACAAUACCCCAU